UGCGUCAGCUACCGUGACGAGGCUCAGCCACGUCCGUCGACCUGGCUGACGAUUACGCACGAUAAUCGACGACGACCGAGACAUUGGCACUGCGUUGCUCUAGGAGGCUUUUUCCUUCUCCGGCAAUGUGUGCAAGCGACGUCUUGUGAGCCCAAUGCCGAGUAUCAAUACACCAUAGUGGAGCUGAAAAUGAAAGGUCGGCAGCCGACUCCUCGAGCGAUCGUCGCGGACGCUCGACGACGAACUUUUACUUGUGCAGACUAUCCGACCCCUCCAGUGGAAUCCAGGCCGGAAGAAAUUUUUAACAGAUCUCACUUGGGCGAACGAACCGCGAGCGCGCGCUCUCUUUUCGCCACGCGACGCUGCACGUAUAUACCCGUAUGUACCAGCGCACGGAAAGCUCGGCGAAUCGAUCGAUCGCCUGUUGCGCGCGCGUUUCUCUGCACCCGGCGCUACUCCGCGGGAUAGACGCGGAUAGUCCCGCAGAGACCAUAUCUUGCUCCACUUUGUUCGCAAUAAAAAUCAGCGCGAGCGUAUUUUGAUUUCGCAGCUUCGUCGUAGUAGAGUUAUAUCUAUGUACGCAAUACACUUAUAUGCAAGCUGCGCGUGGCACGAAAAUUUGAGCGAGACACGAUUCUUCGGGCACCGUCGGACACCAGUAACUCGAAUCGGCACGCACUUGGUCGGAUCGACGAAAACGCGUCAGCCUCUUUCUCGACGUGGCCUCGGGAUUUCUGGUAGUGGCAGACCGGGAGUCGUCACAAGAGUGCGCGGUGAAAGGCACGUGCGACCAUGAUCAACUCGAAAAAUUACGGGCGUGCGCUCGAUUUGAAGGAUCUGGUAAAACCCGCGCCGAAUCAACAUAAUAUACGCACGUAUCCCCGCGGACUCGCGGCUCCGCGAAGAAUGCGAUCGCGCGGCGGCGAAGAAGUGCUCGAUUGGAUAUCAGUUAUCUCAUCGGGAUCGCGUCUCAACGGAAUGCGCGCCGAUGUGUUUUUCAAAAGUGGCCCGUGGCUUGGUGCUUUUUUUUUUUUGUUUUUUUUUCCAUAUACGCACAGGGCACUCGGUCACUGCGGCGCCGUUGAGUGCCGUCGACAAUGCGAACGUACGAUAAAGAACGAAAGAAAAAAAGGAAAGUUACGCUUGUGCGUGAGUGCGAGAAAAUUGCCUCUCUGCUCUUGGUCUCUCGAAUAUACGUUACGUCGUUUCUGUACUUUGAGCUGAGAAGCAAAAUGAAAAAUAGCCUGCCACAAGCACGAGAAUAACGUCGUCAAUUUGACGAGAUCUUUACUGAAAGCGCGACAAACUCGAAAGCAGAUGCCGCGCGAACGGCUUACGGACGUUUGAAUCCGUCGAAAAGUUUGUUGAAACAAUCCCGAAAUUCGGCAUAACUAUUCAUUUUUCAGCAAGCAACGCCGAGGACGCUAUCGCGAGAAACGGGCGCCGUGGAAAAAGAAGGAAAAUAAAGAAACGAGGUCAAUUGGCAUUCACCGGAGCAUCGCGAUCGAGAGCGUAACUCGAUCGCGCUGUCGCGGCGCGUGAUCGCGACAGAUAAGCCCGCGCGGCGAGUAUUUCAGGCAGCCCUCGCUGGCGUCGGAUGCGUCGUCACGCGUGUGCGCGCGAUGUCACCGCGGCAUCAGGACCCGUUACCCCGCGCGAUUCGGAGCGCGCGCGCGGCGAAUCGCGAAAGCCGCUCGUGUCCGACGACGCAGUCCGCGACGUCGCGCGCUCGGCGGCCGCCGAAAUCUCGACGCGACGGAUUUCCCCACGGGAAAUUUCCGUUUUGCGCGACUUCCCGUUCUCACUUCUUUUCUUUCUUUUCGCGCGAGUCGCGGCUGGAUUACGCGCGUCGUUACAAUCGAGCUCCAUUACCCCCUGGCGAGAUAACGUCGUUUAUUUUGGCGCGACGGGGAAGAAACGUCGGCGUGUUAUUUUUAAGCUCGCGCUCGGCAGCGUCUCCUGCGAGAUCCGAUACGCGCGCGGAUAGAGCUUUUUCUGUUUCGAGUUAUUGGCCCUUUGUACGCGCCGAGCGGCGAGGAUUACAGCGCGCGCUCAGAGCCGCCUCGGCCCUUUAUUACCUCGGGACUCGCCUUGCGUUUGUACGGUUAUUAGGCUCUGUCGGCGCAAUACCUGAAAGCCUCGGACGUAUAAUGCCGUGCUCGGAUUUGCGUCCCCUCGCGCCAAAAAUAUAGAUCGGUUCCUUCGUGUCCAUAAACUAUUUUUUUGUAUUAUGCUCUUAUGUAUCGUUAGUGGCUUGAUUCACCCAUCGUGGAUUGGAUUCCGUAAAAUGCACUGGAUCGUCCUAAAAAAAGAUAACCGCUGCGCCGCGAUGUCUCGCGAUACCCUUGAAAUAGAAUGAUUCCCAGUGCUCCUUUUAUUCAUACACACCGUAUGAACGUCGAAUAUAUUAAAGGUUUCCACAAGCGUUGCGUCAGCCGCGCGAAUAUCAAAGCGUACGCGACGGGGGGAGGGGGCUGGGGAGAUCGGCGGCGCGCAGUGUGCAUCCAGCUGCGGAGUCUCGCUAGAGCACACUCUCACUUUUAUCCGACGGGACCACUCUCACCUUGCUCGUGGAAGAAAGUGCUUCCGGGUCGCGCGCGCCUCCCUCCCGCCCCGUCGCUCCUUGCAACGUUUGCGUAAUCUCGGCUCCGCUCCUUCCCAGCGAUGGGAAAAACGCGCCUGCAACUCACUUGCAUCUCGCGCGUACGCGUGCGAGCCACACGCGUCUCCGCAAGAGUUGCAGCCACCAAGCAGAGACCCUUUGCCCGUCCUUGCGCGAGAUCGCCUCACCUCUCGUUCCCCGGCUAACUGGCUGCAUCGAGGCUAGCAUUUCCCGGUCGAGCGUCUGCCCGCCGUGUACAGAAGCCGGACGGAGCCGCGUCGCUGUGAGCAUGGGCACGACGAACGCGGAGACAAUGGCGGAGCCGAACAACAACAACGCCGAGUGUCCGUCGAGCAAUCCGAAGGCAAGGAUCGAGCCGCCGGACCCCCAGGAGUCGAAGAAGGCCGUCGGCUCGGCGACGAGCAACAGCAACAGCUGCUCGGCCGUGGAGGCGUUCUACGCCGACGCGAUCAUCCUGGUGACGGGCGCCACGGGAUUCCUCGGCAAGGCUCUGCUGGAGAAACUGCUGCGCUCGUGCGCUCGCGUGUCCACCAUCUUCAUACUCGUGCGGCCCAAGAGGGGACGCAGCAUCGAGCAGCGAUUCACCGAGUUCCUCGAGAAUCCCGUAUUUGAUCGUCUCCGCUGCGAGUAUCCCGGCGCCUUGGAUAAGAUCCAGCCGAUCAAAGGCGACGUAGGCCUACCCGAUCUAGGACUGAGCCUCGAGGACCGCACGAUGCUGAUGCAGCGCGUGACCAUCGUGUUCCACAGCGCGGCCACCGUGCGCUUCGACGAGCCGCUGAAGCUAGCCGUGAACCUGAACACGCGCGGCACGGAUCGCAUCGUAGACCUGUGCAAGGGCAUGGCCAAUCUGGUGUGCCUCGUGCACGUUAGCACCGCGUACAGCAACGCCGAUCUGAGGGACAUCCAGGAGAUGGUCUACAGCACCAAGGUGAAGGCACAGACGGUGAUGGACAUGUGCGAGAACCUGGACGACGAGACAAUGGCGAUCCUGGAGAAGAAGCUGAUGGGCAAGCACCCAAACACCUACACGCUGACUAAGGGCCUGGCCGAGCAGGUGCUGCUGACCAAGGGCGCGGGACUGCCGGCCGUGGCCAUCGUGCGACCGAGCAUCGUGUGCGCCGCCUUCCAGGAGCCGUACCCCGGCUGGGUGGACAACGUAUGCGGCAUCACCGGCAUCCUCAUGGAGAUCGGUCGCGGCACGAUCAGGAGCAUCGUCUGCGAGCCGCAGUGCGUCGUCGACAUCGUGCCCGUCGACUACGUGGUCGACACGCUCAUCUGCGCCGCCUGGCACGUGGCCACCUCCAGGCCGCAGCGCUUCGCCGACGCGGACGCCUGCCCGCUGCGCGUCUACAACUGCACCAGCGGCAGCUUCAACCCCGUCAAGUGGGGCCAGAUGGGCGACUUGACGCGCAAGUACGCCAUAGAGUCGCCGACCAAGUACGUGAUGUGGUACCCGCACGUUACCUACCGCUCCAGCCAGCUGCUGCACAAGCUCGCCGUGGCCAUACUGCACUUCCUGCCCGCCUUCGUCAUCGACCUCAUCCUUCGCUGCCGUGGCAGCAAGCCAAAAAUGAUAAAGAUGACGAAACGCACGCUGAGGGCCGCGAAGAACGGCGAAUUCUUCGCGGUGAACGAGUGGUACUUCCACGUGGAGAACAUGAAGGAGCUGAUAAAGUGCAUCAAGAGUUCGGUGGUCGACGGCGCCCAGCCGCGCUACAACGUCGAUAUCGCGGAUAUCGAUUGGGAGACCUACGUCAACCAGUACGUGCUUGGCAUCCGCAAGUACGUGCUGAAGGACAGCCCCGACACGCUCGCGAAGGCGAGGAGCAAGCUCGUCAAACUGUACUGGGUGCGCAGGUUCACCCAGCUGAUGAGCUUGUACCUGCUGCUGAGGAUCAUCGCUCGCGCGAGCGCUCGGUGACGGAUAAUCCAACUGGUGAGGCUGAUCGACCGAUUGCUGCAGCCCUGGCGACGGUUCUUCAAGCUCUACCAGGCCAUCGCGCUCAUCUGCUGAGCCAUCCCUCUCCUUCUUCGCUCCGGACUUCUCUGUCUCUCUGCUAAACCUCUCUUUCGAUACUUUUCUCCUCCCCGAGACGUCAAAUCGAUUUCGGCCAAUGCAAAUUGUUUAUCAUCGUCCUCGUCGGCGGGCGCACGCGAGCUUUCUCCUCUUGCCGCGU